AUGAGCCGCAUUCGCGUUAGACCGUUGGCCGGCCUCCUCACACUCUUCUGCACACUAUACUUCUUAAUCUCGAAUACACUCGGAUUCAUCCGCAUCUUUUCCAGUCCACACUCAGGCAUCGCAUUGAGCCAGUCGGGCAUAAGAACCGCAUAUUAUAACCACACAAUAGAUGAAACACACGAUCCCCUGAUACCGCGCAAGAUCCACCAAAUAUAUCACGAUUGGUCGGGGCAGGGAGGAAAUGUGCCGCAUACAGCGCAGUGGAUGAGGUUGAGGGAUAGUUGUAUUAAUCGCAAUCCGGGAUGGGAGUAUAAGCUAUGGAGCUCGGCAGAAUCAAGGGAGUUUCUGCAAAGGGAAUACUCCUGGUUUUUGCCUAUUUACGAUAGCUAUCGACAUCCUGUCCAGCGUGUGGAUGCUCUGAAAUACUUUAUCAUGAGGCAUUAUGGCGGGAUCUAUAUCGAUAUGGACAACGGCUGCCUCGAGUCCCUCGAACCACUCCGCUACUACCCAGCCUUCGUGACCGACGGUGGCGAAGGCCCCCUCUUCAUCAACAUCCUAGGCGCGGCACCGCAUCACCCCUUUUACGAAUACCUUACCAACAAUAUAUGGGCCUACAAUCUAUUUUACUACCCAUUCCCUUACCUCGCAGUCAGCUAUAAUUCUGGGCGAUGGUUUUUCACAUCGAUGUGGGAGAAGUAUCACGAUAGUGUGAACAGAAGGAACUGGAAUCUGGUCCAUUCUGCAGGCGAAGGCGCAGACCAAAUUCAUACAGACACAACCAACAAAAAUCAACUAUACCGCGUUGUUAUGGAGAGUCGACGCGGCGCUGAGCCGUGGGUGUUUUGGAACGAAGGUGCAGGAUUGACGUGGGAAGACUGGGAUUUUUCGAUAUUCCAUUGGAUCGGGGAGAAUGCGGCAAAAGUUAUUCGCAUUACAGUUGCAGUGACGGCAAGUCUUUCGCUGCUUACCGGGUUGGUGGUUUGGAAGUGCUGUUGUAAGCGCCGGAAAGCCAAAAGUAAUGCAACUGGCGGUUUGAAGUCGGUUGCGGCGUUGUUGACGCCCGUGUUAACGCCGGCGAAGGAGAAGAGAGUAGAGUUUUUCUUCAAGAAAGGCCAUGACAUGGUAUGA